AUCACAAACUAGAACAUUAGCACCAACAAGCUCCAAAGCAUCAUCACUCUCUGGAAAGCCUUCUGAAUUAGACAAGAGCUGCUUCUCAGCACAGCUACAAAACACUUUAAACCUGAGCAGCUAAAUGGAUAAACCUCUCCUGCGUAGCUUUUAAACGGGGGUCUUACCCAGCACGGGAGGCCUGCCUUGCUCGGGAGCUGGGGAGCCGGAGGAUGGAAUGCUGUGCCUGGGAAUGGCUAAAGGCAGCAGAAUGACAAAUGCUAGGUACCGGGGAAGAGCUUUUCAUUUCUCCCAGAGAAGUUGGUUUACCUUCAUCGCCUGCUAUAGCUUUGCCUUGCAGAUUGCCACUUAAUGCUGAUGGUUCUCUGAUGACUUACACAAUGGCUCUCAGAGCUUAGAGUCCCUCCCUACCCCCCCCACUCCCCCCUCUCCAUCCUUCGUCCUGUCUUCCCCACCCCCAACCCCUUCCCUAUCCUUUCCCUUCCUCAUCCCCAAAAAUUCUUGCUUGUCCUCUCUAGGGAACUUUGUGUGGGUUUCUGGCACGCACGCUGGAUGGAGGUGAUGUGAGUGGCAGCCGUGCCGUGACAUGAAGAUUCUGAUGGUUUAAGGAAAAGAGACCAGUUUUCAAAAGAGAGAGGCAAAGGGGGGAGCAGAGAAGGGAAGAGAGAGAAGAAAACAGCUGGAGAAAGGCAAAGGAGGACGUUUGUGGAUGACAGAAGGAUGGGUUUCCAUUUAAUUAAGCAGCUGAGAGGCAUGAGUGUGGUGUUAGUGCUGCUUCCUACCGUGCUGCUUGUGAUGCUCACAGGGGCUCAGCGAGCUUGCCCCAAGAACUGCAGAUGUGAUGGCAAGAUCGUGUACUGCGAGUCCCAUGCGUUCAGAGACAUCCCUCAGAACAUUUCCGGAGGGUCUCAAGGCUUAUCCUUACGGUACAACAGCAUCCAGAAGCUGAAAUCAAAUCAGUUUGCGGGCCUCAAUCAGCUCAUAUGGCUUUAUCUUGACCAUAAUUACAUCAGCUCCGUGGAUGAGGAUGCGUUUCAGGGCAUCCGCAGGCUGAAGGAAUUAAUUCUGAGCUCCAACAAAAUCACCCAUCUGCACAACAAAACCUUCCACCCCGUCCCCAACCUCCGCAACCUGGACCUGUCCUACAACAAGUUGCAGGUGCUGCAGUCUGAGCAGUUCAAGGGCCUCCGGAAACUCCUGAUCCUGCAUUUGCGGUCCAACUCGCUGAAAACCGUUCCCAUCCGAGUGUUCCAGGACUGCCGGAACCUGGACUUCCUGGAUUUGGGCUACAACCGCCUGCGGAGCUUAUCCCGUAACGCUUUCGCUGGCCUUUUGAAGUUGACAGAGCUCCACUUGGAGCACAACCAGUUUUCUAAGAUCAAUUUUGCCCACUUCCCGCGCCUCUUCAACCUCCGCUCCAUUUAUUUGCAGUGGAAUCGGAUCCGCUCUAUUAGCCAAGGGUUAACGUGGACUUGGAGUUCCUUGCACAACUUGGAUUUAUCAGGAAAUGACAUUACAGGGGUAGAGCCCGGGACCUUCCAGUGCCUCCCCAACCUGCAAAAGCUGAACCUGGAUUCCAACAAACUCACCAACAUCUCUCAGGAGACCAUCAAUACAUGGAUCUCGCUCAUCUCCAUCACUCUGUCCGGAAAUAUGUGGGAAUGUACUCGAAGCAUUUGCCCUCUGUUUACUUGGCUUAAGAAUUUCAAGGGAAAUAAGGAAAGCACUAUGAUAUGUGCAGGCCCUAAACACAUCCAGGGCGAAAAAGUGAGCGAUGCUGUGGAAACAUAUAAUAUCUGUGCUGAAAUCCAGGUGGUGGUUACUGAAAGGUCAUACCAGCCACCCAAAACCCCCCAGAGACCUUUCUUCAUUCCCAAACCUACCAUUUCCAAACUGGAAAGCAACCAGCCAACAUCUAUUGUGCCAAGCCCUUCUGCAGAGCUCCCAACACCUGGAGUGGAACCGGAGUACGAGCACGUUUCCUUUCACAAGAUCAUUGCUGGGAGCGUAGCCCUCUUCCUUUCCGUGGCCAUGAUUUUGUUGGUUAUCUACGUGUCCUGGAAGCGUUAUCCAGCCAGCAUGAAACAGCUCCAGCAGCACACGCUCAUGAAGAGGCGCAGGAAAAAGGCCCGAGAGUCUGAAAGGCAAAUGAACUCCCCUUUACAGGAAUAUUACGUGGACUACAAGCCAACAAACUCUGAGACCAUGGAUGUAUCGGUUAAUGGAUCUGGGCCCUGCACGUAUACCAUCUCUGGCUCCAGGGAAUGUGAGGUUCCUCACCACAUGAAGACUUUACCCUACUACAGUUACGACCAGCCGGUGAUCGGAUACUGCCAAGCUCAUAAGCCUCUCCAUGUAAAUAAGGGCUACGAUGCCAUGUCCCGGGAGCAGGCUGAGACAACCAACCUGGAACUCAGUCGAGACCACAGCUUCAUAGCUACAAUCGCGCGUUCGGCUGCUCCAGCCAUUUACAUUGAGAGAAUACCAAACUAACAGUGGAGACAAGCUCUUCAGGGGCAGAGUGGGAGUUCUUUUGAGGGGACUUUUCGUCUCGGAAGAGACCAGGGCAAGACACUCAAAUCUACCAUUCCAGUUACAAAUGUUCCAACAGAGACAAAGGGAAGGGGCUAAAGCAACCUCCGCAGACUGUGCAAGCGCGACCUUGCAGGACCCACUGAGAACUUCAGGAUUUUCUUUGCUUUAAACUUUCAAACAGAUUCCUCAAUGUAAAUAUUAAAGAGAGAUUGUCAAGUUCUUAUUAAAACAAAACAGAGAAAAAAAAAAUAGAUUUCACUCUAGCUACAUAAAGGGAUGGAUUUAA